GACAUCAGUCCGGUCUGCAAGCUCCGCCCUGAUUGGCUGCCUCCCGCACCGGUCGCAGCGCCCGGACCUAAGGUGCCUAAGUUCCUCCCCUUAUCCCUGAAGGGAUGGGGCCUUGCGACACCGCCCACUCUUGGAUGGGUCCGAGGUGAGACCCGCCCUUGUGCCCUCGUGGGCCUUCGGGACAGCGGAGGAGCAGUGUCGGGCCAUGGCUAGGGCCGGCAAGCUGGAGCUGGCCGAGGCUCUGGCGCUGGGGCCAGGCUGGAGGCCUGCCUGCUAUGCGCUCCUGCACGCGCCUGACCCUGGGAUUCUCUUUGGCCGCCUCCGCCUGCGCUACGCCAUACUGGUGAGGAGGGGGCGCGCCCAGCCUCUCUCCACUAUGGCCCUGCCCCUCCCUGUGGCGCUACUCUUGGGUGUCCCUGCCAAUCCCAGCUUCCUUCUCUCGCAGAUGCAGAUGCUCUUCGAUGGGCGCCUGGGCUUCCGUGGCGGAUUCGUGGACUCGCAAGACAGCAGCCUGGAGGACGGGCUGAACCGUGGUCUGCUGGAACAGCUGGGCGAGGCGGCGGCCGCCUUCCGUGUGGAGCGCCCUGACUGCCGUAGCUCCCACGCUGGAUCAGAUGCCAAGUCUCUGACGCUCGAGCAGCUGUCGGCUGUGGAGUCCAGCGCAACAGGCGCCAAGGACCACGGGCUGGAGGUGCUGGGCCUGGUGCGAGUGCCCCUGUAUACCCUGCGUGAUGGUGUGGAAGGCCUGCCCAUCUUUCUAGAGAAUUGCUUUAUUGGUGCUGCCCGGGAGCAGUUACUGGAUACCCUCCAUGACUUGGGAGUGGUGGAAGCUGGUGCUUUCUCAGGCCUUCAGAUCCCAGUUCGUCUGAGGCAUCCCUCUGUGGACUCAGGGAACCUGAGAUGAGGACUUUGGUACAAGGAAGGGAAUGUUUUCUCUUCUGGACCUCAAGAUGAUACCAAAUUAAAAGAUGACAUGUAUAUCAUAUGUUUUGAGUAGAGGACCCUCCAAUUCGUGGGAUCAGGGACAAAAAUCCACAGCUCAUUCCAGGGGCCCUGGCAGGUUCUCAGAGCCUACCUCUUCCUUGUGUAUUUGCAUACAGCCUAGUAACCCCCAGGCAUGCAUAUGUAUAAUGUGACCACACACAGCCUGACAUCUUUCACCUGUGAGGUUCAAUUUAAGCAGGAAUUGGCAUCUUUUACCAUAGCCUGCCUCUUGCUUUGCAGAGAGCUUCUACAGCAAGGGUGAGUCCUUCCCACAGUCCUCCAUGGCUACUCUUUAGGGUCUAGCCCAGCCCAUGUUUUUUGGGAAGGAUAGAGAAGCAGAGGACCCUCUUUGCUUUCCUGAAAGUAGCCAUGCCCUUGCUGGAGGGUUCACCAAAGCAAUUGGUGGGAGAGGGUCUUAACCAACCUCCAACACUUUGCUUCUCCUGAAACUGAGAAGGGGCAAGGAAGCAGCUAGGUCCCCUUGGACGGAGCAUGGACGUGAGACCUGUGAGUACUGGUGUCUCUCCUUCAGAGCUUUCAUCUUUGGUUCGCUGUAGACUCGGGGACUAUCAGAAGAGAACUGACUCAUACCUGUCCAGACACUUGAGGCCCUUCAUUCACUUCUUUCAACAGCUAUUUAAUAUGUACCUACUAAAUGCCACGUACUAUAAAAGGUAUAGAAAGCCAUCCUUGCUCUCCAAGACUCCAGGGCAGGGAUGGGCAAACAUUUUCUUAAAAGCCAGAUAGCAAAUAUUUUAAGCUUUGUAAACUACAUAGUUUUUAAAAAAAUAUUUUCUAACAUUGACUAAUAAAAAUUGCCUAUAUUUAUUGUGUACAAAA